AUUCUUGUUUGUAACUUUCUUGAAAUUGCAAUUUUAAGUGUUUUCUAGACAUGACAUAGCAUUUCUGAUUAGACAAUCACUUCUAAGUACUUGAAGUGGAUAACGAAUUUUCAGUAGCUAUCUGAUAGCAGUUGUAUCGCCAUGAAUCGAAUAGUGAUAUUUGGAGCUACAGGAAAUACCGGACUAUGUGCUUUAAAUAGCGCUGUAAAUAAGGGAUUAAAUAUAAGAGCAUUUGUAAGAGAUGAAAGCAAAGUACCAACAAAUUUAAAAGAUAAAAUUGAAAUAGUUGUUGGAGAUGUUACUAAUGCAGAACAAGUUUCAAAUGCAAUAUCUAAUAGGGAUGCAGUGGUUGUUGUGCUUGGCACACGGAAUGAUUUAGGUCCAACUACAGUAUUGUCCAAUGGUAUGAAAAAUAUAAUAGAUGCUAUGAAAGUGCACAAUGUAGAAGUGGUAUCUGUUUGUUUAUCUGCAUUUUUGUUUUACAAACCUGAAGCAGUGCCUAAUAUAUUUAAAGAUGUAAAUGCAGAUCACCAGCGAAUGUUCGACCUUCUUAAAGAAAGUAAAUUAAAAUGGAUUGCAAUAUUACCACCCCAUUUUACAAAUGUACAAAGAUCAAAAUAUGUAGUAAAGCAUGAUGAGUCUCCUGGUCGGACUAUUUCCAUAUAUGAUUUAGGAGAUUUUCUUAUUGAAAGUCUUCAACAAGCAGAACAUUAUCAAAAAGUUUGUGGUAUUGCUAACAUUGCAUAAUAUAACAAAAACUACAUUUUGUAAUGUGGUCAGAAUUAAAAAAUAUUUUGGAGAAUAUUUUCAGCUUUUAGUCAUAUAAAAAAAUAAAUAGGUAAUAUGAAAAGGCACCUUCUAAUUUGUACAAAAUGUAUUACAUUGAAAGUAU